UCAUCGGGGUCAGCUGAGGAGUGUAAACAAACAAGCGGGCCAGGCAGCGGCGAGGAGGAAGAUUUUGGUGAAUGUCGCGCAUCAUGACAGACUUGGAGCUUAAGAACAGGGGGAACAAGCUCUUCUCCGUCAGGAAAUUCGACGAGGCGAUAAAAUGUUACACAGACGCCAUUGCCAAGAAGCCAUCGGUGGCGGUGUACUACACCAACCGGGCCUUGUGCAACCUGAAGCUGAAGCGGUGGGAGCUGGUGUGCCAGGACUGCCGCACCGCCCUCGAGAUAGACCCCACCCUUGUCAAGGCUCACUUCUUCCUGGGCCAGGCACUGCUCGAGAUGGACAACUUUGAUGAGAGUAUAAAACAUUUAACGAGAGCACACGACCUGGCCAAGGAACAGAAGGUGAACUAUGGGGAUGACGUGGCCUGCAUGAUCCGAGUGGCUCGCAAACGCAGAUUCAAUGUGGCAGAGGAAAAGAGGAUCUCUCAGGAAAUAGAAUUACAGACUUACCUCAAUAGGCUUAUCCUGGAAGACAGAGACAGACAGAUUGAUGAAGUCCGGAGGAAAUACGAAAAUGAUGAAGACAGGUCACAGGAAGAAGUGAUGAGGAUAGAACAAGAAACUGACAACUAUAUCACUGAGGUCAACACGAUGUUUGCUCGACUGGAUGAGAGAAGAAGAAAACGGGAAGUUCCUGAUUAUUUAUGUGGUAAAAUUAGUUUUGAAAUCUUGCGCGAGCCAGUAGUGACUCCCAGCGGCAUCACUUAUGACCGUAAAGAUAUUGAAGAACACCUGCAGCGUGUGGGCCACUUUGACCCCAUCACCCGGACAGACCUGACAGUGGAUCAGCUGAUGCCAAACUUAGCCAUGAAGGAAGUGGUCGACUCUUUCCUCACCGAGAAUGAGUGGGCCCUUGACUAUUAGCCUGACCCUCUGCCACCACCACACCACCACUACCACUACUGCUGCAUUUACUACCACCAUCACCGCCUCCACUAUCACUUCCACUACCACCACCAGCACCACUACCACUAUCGUCAUUUUUCCAUUUGCUCCUUUUAGUAAUUAUGAUCCAAGACUGAAGCCAUUGGCAGUUCGUGGUGAUGGGUGUGUAUCCGAGACAUUUGGGGAAAAGACAUCACUAGUAUCAGUCCACCAUCAGUACAAGGCUAUAGAUGUAAUUUUUAUAUAGUAUAUGUAAGUCUUAAGAGGAAGGAAAGUGUCAUUUAACUGAAUAUAUUUCAACACAGAAAUCCCCCCGCCCCCCUCUCCUUCCUCCCCCCCCACACAAGCCAGAUAUAUUCAUAAAUUUAAAGCUAAAAUCGAUAACAUGAGAUUUGGAGACACAACCCCAUGAGUGUAGUGUGCUUCCUCUAUAUCUCAAAUAGGUAAAUUCACACACAUACACACACACACACAAACACUGUUAUGUAUAUAUUUAUAUAUUUGGAGGAGCGUAUUAUAUAUAAUGAUAUGAUGUGUUGGGUGUGUAUUGGUUUGUAUGUGUGUGUGUGUAUGUCCAUUUAUAUGUAGGCAGAGUGUUUGUGUACGUGUGUGUGUGUGAGGAUGUUCAUGUGUGUGUGUGUGUGUGUGUGUGUGUGAGAGAGAGAGAGAGAGAGACUAUAUUUUAUCUUCAUGUAUUUGUUUUAGUGUUGGCCCAGUAUUUUUAGUAUUAGUAUAUCAUAUGGACAGUUAUUAUAUUGUGGAGAAUAAUGUAUAUUAGUGUUAUUAUUUGUGUGUGUCUUGUGAGUCUCUCUGCUCUUGGUUUGUAAAUACCAUCCACUAAAAAAUCAUAAAAGUAAAUCCCACUCCUCAGCAUCUCACUCUGGGAUGGUAUCAUUAUUGAUUUUCUGAUGUCAUGAAUCUGCCGGGCUUAACGGCAUUCCCCUUUACUCAGAUUCUUAACCUGAUGGAAUAAUUUUUUAUAUGCUGUAUUAUGCUUUGCAGGCUGGCCAGUAAAUAUGACCCAGAAUUAGGUCUUAAAUCCGAAUUAUAGAGGUUCUUUUGAUUUGUUCUAUAUCUUAAAAGGCAAGGCUUGUUGUCUUAACCCAGUAGCAGCGACGGGCCAAAUUUGUGGCUUCACUGUGUAGCAGCGACGGGCCAAAUUUGUGCCAUGAUAUUUACCCCCCAAAAAAGAUGAUACAUAAUCUGAUCACAAAUGCUUUUAUAUAUAUUAUGAAAUGGUUUGUGUGAAGGGUGAUUUUCUCUCAUUUUUCUCGCUUAGAGGGACCAUUAAGAAACGUGAUCGCCGCUGCUACCGGGUUAAUAAUCAAGGAGUUUCUAACAAUUGGUUGCCACAAUCUCAGCAGAUCUCUUUAGAUAGCACCUUUUAGAUAUAUAUAUAUAUAUAUAUAUUUUUUCUUAGCAUAUUAUUUUCAGUUCAGUGGGGAAUUCUCAGAUGCACCCAUUUUACAUUAUUUAAUGAACCUUCUUCCCUUUUUACUACACUGACCACCAGGAACCUCAAAACUACAUUAGAUAUCCACUCUAAUGCUACAUGUCAUAGAUGCUUCUUAAUUAUUUUUCAUAUAUUGUGGUGGAACUUAUUUAGAAAAAACUUAAGUCCAUAUAAUUUCCACAUUUUUACUUUUUCCAGUAGAUGCACUAUAGCUUUUUAUGAAGGAGCUUUGGGGUGAAUGUUUGGCUGGAAGCAUGAGAAUGGGCUUGCUUGGGCAUAGCAGUGCCUUGGGGUAAAAUAAUCUUGGCAACCUCUUCAGCUUGUUUUUUUGCAUGGCCGCCAACAAACUAAAACCAUUGCCAAUCAUAAAGCUAACAAUAAACCCUUCUUUCUCAAUCCAAAUGUUCAUUGUAAUCAGAUGGGUACAGAGAUGCUUUGGGAUACUCAUGGUGUGAUUAUUUAAUUUGCCAUAGUGUACAGAAAUGCUUGUUUCUUUGUAAAUUAGGGCUGAUGAGCUCUGAAGCUCUUACAAAAAAAAAAAAAAAGAUCUAUCUCUCCAAAAAAUUUUUUUAUUUUUUUACUUCUGCUAAGUGAGAAGACAUGAACUCCAUUGAUAACUAAUUCAGUCUGCAGGCAAUGUGCACAGACCUAAAAUUUUUGGGUGGAGUUAAAACCUUCCAUUAAAAUGUGUAAAAUUUAAAACCUUUUCUCAUUUUAGUUUUCAUGUACAGUUUUGCUGAACAGAAGACUGUGAAACUCGUAAGUGUUGUAAAUGCAAAUCAAACCAUUGUUCAUUGUUUGCCCAGAACUUGCCAAGAAUUAUAAUUUGUUUGCCAUUUCUUGGAUAUCUUUGAAAAAACUUGGUGCAUGUAAACCUACUGUAGCAUCUGUGGUUUAUAUUGGUUUAGAAAUGAAAUAUUCAUGUAUUUUGUGCUAUUUUAGGUAAAGAUGGGAAUCUUCCCUUGCUUUUCUGGUUCAUAAUGGGCAAGGUUGAGACUGGUAAAAAUAUUCACUAGAUAUGUUAAUUCAUUUAGUACUAAUUCUAGGAUCAACAGUAGAAAUGAUCUAUCCACAUUGAAUUCAGGAAAAAAAGACAUUUAUCUGGAUUGACAAGACCCAAAUUACCAGAAGGUAGUCUAUAAAUGAGAUGGCAGGUUUUAAGAGUGGCCGUUUUCAUGGCUGUUGCUUAACAUUUCAUUAAUGGAUUUGCUAUUUUGCAUACAACUCAUAUUAAGAAACAACAUUUUCACUUAUAUUUUAUGCAUGCUUUUAUUGCCACUAACCUGAGACAUUUACACUGAACCUGCAGCUUUGUGUUCAUAUUCACUCACUUAUCCAUGGAUGUUAAUAUAUAUAUAUAUAUAUAUAUAUAUAUAUAUAUAUAUAUAUAUAUAUAUAUAUAUAUAUAUAUAUAUAUAUAUAUAUAUAUAUAUAUACACACACACACACACACACACACAUGCAUACAUAUAUGUAUACAGAGCAGCCUGGCAGGCUAAGGCCAAAAGAUUUUUCUGCUGACAAGGAGGAUGGGUUGUGCGGUGUGUGAGGUCCCAGCAGCAUCCACAAAUUGGCUAACAAGCUCCAAAGCUCUCUCCAGGAGGAUGCUGGCUGAUGAUCAUGAGUAAAGCAUGUGAUCCGGCCAUGGUGGUGAAUUACACACACACACACUGAGGAACAUAAGGACGGCAUUUGUGUAUUUGGACGAGGAGAUGAUGAAGAAAUAAUAGUUACAAUGAUAAGGCCAAGGUUAGAGUAUGCAGCAGUGGUCUGGUCUCCUCACAAAAAGAACAUAAAGCUGGAAAGAGUGCAGAGAGUGGCACCUAAGAUGGUACCGGAACUUAGAGAUCAGACUUAUGAGGAGAGACUCAAUAGCAUGGGGCUCACAACCCUGGAGGGAAGAAGAGAAAUAGGAGACCUGAUAGCGGUGUACAGGGUGGUGAGCAGAGUGGAGCAUUUGGACAGAGAGGACCUGUGCGUGUGUAACAAGAGGGCAUGGAAAGAAGUUGAGGGCAAUCACGUGUAGGCGAGAUCUGAAAAAGUUUAGCUUCCCAGACAGAAGCAUUGAGCUAUGGAAUAAGCUGGAGGAGGUGGUUUGUGCAAGAAACAUUCAUGAUUUUAAGGAAAAGUUGGACAAGAGCGGAUAUGGAGACGGGACAGCGCAAGCGUAGCUCUUUUCCCGUGUCACAACUAGGUAAAUACACACACACUCACAGAAGCAUGUGUAGUUAUCAAGUCAUUGCCCAAAUAUGAAUGUUCCUGUAUUUGUAGCUCUGUAAGCUGUCAUUGUUUCUAGGUGUCAUAUUCUUCAAAGACUAAAUUAGAAGUCAUCAGUGCUGGAAAUUCAACAUAACUUUUGUCCCAAAUUACCAGAUGAAUGGUAGAGGACCUGGAACAUUUUUUUUUUCAAUGAAUGAACUUAUUUCUGCACUUAUUACAUGCACCUGUUCAUGAACCAAUUCCAUUCCUCUUCUCUUUACCCUUGAAUUUUUCUAUUAGAAGUCAGGUGUUGGAUUUUAAAAAAUAUCAUCAAAAGUCUGAAGCAUCAUUGUCUGUCUGGCCUUGGUGGCCCAAAACUCAGGGCCACACCAUCAGGUGAGCUUCCAUCUCACUCUCACUCCUCAUGCCUCAUCGUGUGCUGCCUUACCAGAUUGUUACAUCAGUCUACAUAAUAUUUUUGUAAAUACAAGUCUUGAGCACAUGUUGGCAAACUCAACUCAGAAUUAACUAGUAAAGUUUCAAAAUUGUCUCAAAGAAGGCAGUUAUCAACCGUCAUUUUAAGAACAAAAGUGCAACAGGAGCAUUUGCAGGGAUUGGAGGAAGGAUCAGUUGUAUGAGUGAAUGGCUGUUGUGAAUGAGAGUGGUUGCAAGAUGUAUGAUAGUUUUCCAAAUCUUUAUUUUUUCAAUGUAAGCUGUUUUCAGUUAUGUAGAAUUUUCAUUCCAUUUGAAUAAAUUCUUUGCCAUGGU